AUGCGCUUACAAUCGUACGACUAUAAAAUAGUUUACCAACCAGGGAAAACCAAUAUCGCCGACUCAUUGUCGAGACAACAAAUAAGCAAAAAUGCGGAGAAAUCCCUGAUAAAAUUGGAAGACAAUCACAUUUGUCAUAUUGUAGAGUUUGCCCGACCUCGUGAUGUUUCUAUUAAAGAAAUAAUAGAUAGCACAAUGGACGAUAGGAAAAUAUUAAACGUGAAAGAGGGUUUAUAUCGGAACAUAUGGAACGACGACGUGAAGUUGUAUAAAAUGUUACAAAAUAAACUUUGUUUUCAUGAGGGUAUAUUAUUGAGAGGAAUGGGAAUUGUGGUUCCCUCGGCACUCCGUAAAAUAGUUUUGGAUGCAGCUCACGAGGGACAUCCCGGUAUCGUGUCAAUGAAGGCGAGACUUCGUACGAAAGUCUGGUGGCCUAGAUGCGACAGAGGCUGA